UUGAAUAACCAUUGUGAUCAUUUACACCAAAUAUUCACAAAUCUACCCCAUAGUGCAGAUGCACACCAUUCAUCCGCUCGAUCCAGAUCUUGUCUGCUUUUCUCUCUAUCUGUGUGCUACUUUCUCACUCCCUGCCGAUCAUCUUGCUCGAGAUCCUGCGCGAUCGCAAUAUUGUGCUUCUUGGGCGGAUUCUCUACCAUCCGUCGCCGAUCGUUUUCAGUGCUGCCGGAAAACCGCUUGAGGGAAAAUCAUUUUCCCAAAAAUCAUCCAGCUCGUGUGAUCUCCUUUUCUCUGUCUUUCACUGGGAUCUUCUUGUUUUGGCCUGCGCGGAUCAUCAUUCGAGUAUUCGAGCGGCAUUUACAGUCGACCGGUCCGGGGAUUCGAGUUAUUCUUGAUAAUUUUAUUGUACGAUCAACGGUCCGCGCCCGCGGUGCUUCUUAAUGGACGACGGCCCAUUUUAGUUUGGGCAGUUCGGAAAAUUGUGGGUCGGAAGGGGGAAAAUCUUCGCUACCGGUUGAAAGUUUAAUUAUUAUUGUUCGGCCGGUGAUAGUGUGUUUACUUGCUGAUAUAUCGGUGCUUAGGCGGUUCCUGAAGAUCGUUGGGCCGUUCGGAGGCCCCCGGGAUCCUCGUUUUUUAUACUUUAUGUAUUCGCUGGUCGUGCGCCACCGAUCCCGGGCUUGAGGUGUGAAAAUUUUCUGUGAAAGUGCGAGACAAUUAGGUGUUGAUCACUGGUAGCCGUGAAAAAGUGCUUCUCACUAGCAGAGUGCCCUAUUGCUGUGUCCAAUGAUCCCCGUCGCAGUCGGGCCAUCCCAAACGGUUUGUUUGGGUGCUUCCUAGCCGUGCAUCAAAUAGCAAAUAGUGUCGGCGGUGGGGGUUUUCAACAGUGCCAGAGAAUAAUCGGUUUGAUAACAAAAAUAUAGCACCUCCUUCGAGUGUCAACGGAAAAUGUGCUGAAAAGUGUUACAGAAGUGUGAAAGUUAGUGACACGAUUGUCGAUUGAUUUACAGCGACUCAAUUGCAUGUUCGUGCAGGGAACUGUUUUCGCGUCAAGUUGGCAGUGAAGUGAGUGCAUGCCAUCCGGAAGACUACCCCAAUCAUUGAAGCGCCAUCAACCAGCCACCAAUAAUGCAUCACUUGGACUUUGGCGGCGUGCGGCACGUUGAUGGUAUCGGUGGAGCCAGUAGUGUCCAUGGUGGUCCCAAUAUGGGAAUCGUAUCGCCGUACGACACGCUACAUAGUGUGGCCAGCGGUUCCGCCACCGAAAUGGUCGUUGACUUCCACCAUCACUACGUGCCGUCGGAGUACUGGAACGUGACACCGUAUAAAAAUGGAUCGACGCCGAUGAAGGAAAUGGAAGCGUGUUUACAAAAUGCAAACAAAGCUCAGUACAACCCUCUGGAGCAAGUCGAGCAGCUCAGCAUCAAUUGUGAUAGUGAUAGUCUUCAUAGUGGUAGUCAUUUAACAAGCAGUACUAGUACCAAUAACAACAACAACAAUAAUAAUAAUACCUUAAAUAGCAAUAAGAACUUCAUCAGCGAUGCCGACAAUAGACCCUCGAGUAAAACGAACACCAGUAUUAGCAGUAGCGGUGAGGGUGGAGGGGGAGGAAGUGCUGCAAGUGCAAGUGAUGGCCGUACAAGCCCUAACUGCAGCAACACGAUCACCAGCAAAUCGCUUUCGAGCGGUGGCAAAAAAUCAAACAGCAUCGAUGGCACGGACAAACCUUAUCAUCCAUCGCUAGCCGCCGUAAUGGUGAUGCUCGAGGGGAAGCAUCUGUGGGACAAAUUCCACGAGCAGGGGACGGAGAUGAUUGUCACCAAGGCCGGCCGGCGAAUGUUUCCCACCUUUCAGGUGAAGGUGGUCGGACUGGAGCUGACGGCGGAGUAUCUUAUGAUAAUGGACUUUGUACCGCUGGACGAUAAGCGGUAUCGGUAUGCUUUCCACACCUCCAGCUGGGUGGUAGCCGGAAAAGCGGAUCCCAUCUCGCCUCCCCGAAUAAGCGUCCAUCAAGACUCGCCGGCAACUGGGGCCACAUGGAUGAAACAAACAAUCUCGUUCGACAAAUUGAAACUGACCAACAAUCAAUUAGACGAUAACGGACACAUCAUCCUCAACUCCAUGCAUCGGUAUCAGCCGCGCCUUCAUGUCUGCCACUUCUCUCGAAGCAGUGCCGUCAAUAACAACAACCACCGGGGCCCAAUCAAAACCGAGAAGGACAUGCUGACAUACCGGACGUUCGUAUUUCCGGAGACAUCGUUUACCGCGGUCACGGCCUAUCAAAACCAACGGGUCACACAACUUAAAAUUGUGAGCAAUCCAUUUGCGAAAGGAUUCCGUGAUAAUGAAACUAACGAAGAUUCUCAAGAAAGGAUUUCUUCGAUGAAUGACCGGAUGAAGAGUGAACGCGGAGGAAACUUUAAAAAAGAUGGCGAAACGGCAAACUCGACAUCAAUGACACCGACGGCUUCGGCGAUGACAGGUCCGUCGCUCUCCCCCGGAUCAGCCGGGAGCUCUGGAGGGGCUCCAUCAGCAAAUGGCGCUGGCGGCUCCAGUGGUCUUGGCGUUUCCAGUGCCUUCCAAACUUCUUUGGUUGGCUCCGCCUCGGUAGCUGCAGGUCUGUCACCGUAUUCCAUCAGUCCCCACAAUAAUCCGGCCAUGUUGGGUCAACCGUACGCUACGGAAACCAGCGGCUUUGGACCCAUCUAUCAUCACCACCAUCACCAUCAUCACGGUCAUAGUCCACUUUCGACACAUCAUGGAUCGUACGUGAGUUCUUUCGAUAAAUACGACAAAUACAAAAUGGCACCACCAACACCACCGCAUCAUUCGAGUCAUCCUACGGCUGCACCCAGCUAUACGGGACACUAUCAGGGGUUCUACGGUACUCCGACCGGCGGACACCAUCAACUGAUGAGGCAAAACAACGGUUGUAUAGAUUACGUUCAAAGAUAGAGUUUAUGAACAGCUUGACUAUUUAUUAUUUAUGACUCUUAAUUAGACUGGUCCAAAUGCGAAAAAAUUAUCGACACGCUCCUUGUAUUUGGUUUGAAGAACUGCCUCUGAAAGUUCCAGCUCAAUUCGUAGACCCAAAAACUGGCUCAAUAAACUUGAAGUUUGAUAGCAUAUACAAUUUAAAUUACAUGAUAAAUCGCACGGCUUUCACUAUGUCCUUCAGCAUAUUCGGUAAUCUCACUCAAACAAGGGUCAUCUUUGACACAUACCCCUUUCCAUGACAAACGAAGGGUUUUAGAAAAUGGUCAACGAAAUGGUGGAUAAGGUGUUUAGGCCUGAAUAAGCCCUACAAUCGUUAAGUCAAAUGCGUAAGUUCGAAUAACAAACAAACUGAAUGGAACUUUCAUAGAUAAUUCUUGUAAAUCAAUAAGAAACUGAUGGGUGUUCCCGUGGUAUACUAUGAUUUCGUUUAUAUCUCAAACAAACCUGGGCCACUCUACUGUAAAAUUUUCCGACCAAAAACUGUAGUUGUUACGAUAGUGUUCUAGUGGUUUUAAAUGGAUAACUGUUUCAGUGGAUUAACUAAACCAAAGAUAGAAGUGCCAUUGCCAUAGGAUGUACGAAAUCUCUGUAAUUUAUUUCUUAGCAAUACAUCUCAUUUACAAAAAUAAA